AUCUUUGGCUUUAUUGAGGCAUAUCUAGUGUGUUCGAAGACUCUGAAGAUACAUUUUCUACGAUAUCGAGACAAUAAUAGUACUCAUCUUUCUGACCGAAGAAUUUGUUGGAGUUCAUCAUAGCAAGGAGUUGAAGUAUGCCAGUAGUCUAGGCUACUAUCCCGAGCUCAGGCUACCUCUUUCAACCUCUUUCAACACUCCUGGGGUCAAGUUCUUUUUGGAAAGGGAAAUGUUCUCUUUUGGAUCGUAAUAGUUUGUCAUCGACUUCCAUAGCAUCUUUAUCUUUGGCUCUAUUGAGGCAUAUUUGGUGUGCCUGAAGAUUCUAAAGAUAUCCUUUAUUACCCUAUCGAAACAAUACUAACACUUAUCUUUCUAACCGAAGAAUUUUUUGGAGUCCACCAUAGCGGGGAGUUGAAGUAUGCGAGAAGUCUAGGCUACACAGUGCUCCUGAGCUUAGGCUACCUCUUUCAAAGAAAGGAAAGACCAUUCAAGAAUUUUGUUAGCUCACGAGUUAUGAAUUUUAAAAAGUUUCUACGUUUGUUGAUUCCCGUCUUUUCUUGUGAGACUUUUUUUUUUCUUUCUAUCAAAAAUUUAAAUAUCGAGUUUCAACCAAACAAAUUAUCAAUCCAUGACCAUCUUAAAGUAUUUUUUUUUUUUUUUUUUUUUGCACCAGAUUCUGGCUACAAUCAUUCAAAAAAUGCAUGAACGCCGAGAUUUUCAUAAAAGAAAAGAGCAAACCCUAAAUAGAACAAUAGGACGAUAUGGGCAUGCAAGGAAAGUAGCUUAUUAUUUAUUAUUUUCAUUCUAAUUAUAUGAAUCAAAUAAACUUGUUUCCUUCUAUAGCAAAUGGAUUAGCCUAUAUAAUGAAUCAUUUGCAGAUGAAUCAAAAAUCAUAUACUCGGGGACUUCAAGAACCAAACCCAAAUCAAGGGACAAGCAAUAUGAGCUCAACCUAUAUGAAAAAGAGGCAUCUCAAAGCAGCAGCCUUCUUGCUUGGGCUGCUGGCUUCGGCACUGACUCAGCCAUUGGCAAUGGCACUCGGCAUUGUGCCAAUCCAAAAGUGGCGUGUUCAUGUGGUUAAUAGGCUGAAUAAUGCCACUUUGUUUGUGCAUUGUAAGUCUAAAGAUGAUGAUUUGGGAUUCCAUAACCUAGUUGGUAUUGGCUCUGAGUUUCAAUGGAGUUUUAAGAAUAAUCUUUGGGCAACAACGUUGUUUUGGUGCUUACUAAGAAAGCCGAAUGCUUACGUGUCUUUUGAAGCAUUUUGGAUUGAGAAGACACAUAUUUGGCUCAAUUAUAGGUGUUAUGGUAGAAACUGCAUUUGGACUGCUAAAGACGAUGGAGUAUACUUGAGAAACAAUCCCGAUGGUGUUGAUGAGCGUGUUCAUAAGUGGAAGGACUUCUCAUAAUCCGUUUUACCAACGACCAUAGCUCAAGAAUAUCACCAGACCAUAAACAAGUCUACAAAUGUUUGUCCAAACAAGCUUCAAAACAAGUCUACAAAUGUUUGUCCAAACAAGCUUCAAAAUCUUUGUCCUGGCAUUCAUUUGGUUCAUGAAGUUUAUCGUCUUCGAAUUAUAAAGCGGACUUGAUCUUCAUCUCCAUUUGCUUCCCUUAUAAAAACUAUAUAUAUUUUCACAAAUUCAUACAUCUUCUACCUUCAUUCUUAUAAGAUUUUGUGUUCAUAAGAACUUACAUGAAAAAGAUUCAGUACAUACAGGACUUGUAAACAUUAAAAUAUGAUGGACAAAAAAAAAAGGAUAAUCUCUAGUAGUUAAUAAUACAUU